GCUGAGCCUCAGGCGUCAUGUCGGUGAUUGUGGUACAAGCGCUCCACAUCUUUGGAUUCCAGUCUCGCGUAGCAAAUAAUAUUUGUUUCUUUGACGAACAAAUCAUAGUGUAUCCCUCGGGGAACAGCUGUGUGAAAUAUCACAUAGAACAGAAAUGGCAGAAGUUCAUUCCAGGCUCAGAAAAGAGCCAGGGGAUGCUGGCACUGGCUAUUAGCCCGAACCGACGAUACUUGGCCAUUUCAGAGACAGUACAAGAUAAACCUGCUAUCACAAUCUAUGAACUGUCAUCUGUCCCAUGCAAGAAGCGAAAAAUCUUGAAUACCUUCGAUUUUGGUGUUCAGGAAUUUGUUAGCCUGGGGUUUUCUCCUGAUUCCAAGUAUCUAGUGGCUCAGGCAGGACCUCCUGAAUCAAACCUUGCAUACUGGAUGUGGGAAAAGCAAAGAUUAAUGGCAGUUGUCAAAGUUGAUAUUCAGAACAACCCUCUAUAUCAGGUGAGCUUCAAUCCACAGGAUAAUACCCAAGUCUGUGUUACAGGAAAUGGCAUUUUCAAACUUUUCCGAUACACAGAGGGAACCUUAAAACAGACCAACUUCCUGCGAGGGGAGCCUCAGAACUACCUCUCUCAUGCUUGGUUGUCUGAAGAGAAGGUGAUUGUGGGCACUGACACAGGCAAACUUUACUUGUUUGAUUCUGGAGAUCUACGUUGGGAGACCAGUAUUGAGCGCAAAGAGGUACCCAUUCACGUAGAGAAGGAGGAGCCAACACAAGACUCAGAAAGCCUCAUUGAUUUUCCUGCUGCGAGUUCCCCUGAAGUCUCUAAUGACCAAGGUUUUGAGCCUGAAACACAGCAGCAAGCAUCUCUGCCCCGAGUCACUGCUGUUGCUACAUAUUCCAAAGGUUUUGCAUGCUCAGCUGGACCAGGGAUUGUUCUAUUGUUUGAGAGGUCAGAAGAAAAGGAAGGUUAUAGAGAGAGCCGAGAAAUACGGAUUCCACAGGACCAGUGCAGCAGUGACCCAAACCAAUCAGACAAGCAGGAGGUUGUAUGUAUUGCCUUCAGCCCUGCAGAGGAGACGCUCCUCAUCAGCACAAAUAAGAACCAGAUCUAUAUGCUUUCCAUGGCUUCGGCUGAAAUGAGUAGGGGGGAAGCAGCUCGCUUUGAAUAUCUGAAUUGCCCAUUACAUUCUUCUUCUAUCACUGGCCUGGACACCUGCAUUCGCAAGCCCCUUGUUGCCACAUGUUCAUUGGAUAAAUCGGUCCGCAUCUGGAACUAUGAAAACAACUCGCUGGACCUGUACAAGGAGUACCAAGAGGAGGCAUACGCGCUGUCCCUUCACCCUAGUGGCCUGUAUGUUUUGGUUGGCUUUGCUGACAAACUCCGACUUAUGAAUCUGCUAAUCGAUGACAUCCGGACUUUUAAAGACUUUACCAUACGAGGGUGCAGAGAGUGCGUUUUCAGUAAUGGGGGUCACCUAUUUGCAGCAGUAAAUGGAAAUGUAAUUCACAUUUACUCCUCUGCAAGUUUUGAGAAUAUCAUUAACUUGAAAGGACACAAUGGGAAGGUGCGCUCAGUCGUGUGGAGCAUGGAUGAUUAUAAAGUGGUCUCCUGUGGCACAGAUGGGGCAGUUUAUGAAUGGAACCUCCAGAAUGGCAAGAGGGAAUCAGAGUGUGUGCUCAAGUCUUGCAGCUACAGUGGAGUGGCGAUAUCACCUGAUGCAAAAAUAAUCUUUGCUGUUGGAUCUGACCACACUAUCAAGGAGAUCUGUGAUUCCUCGAUCUUGCGGGAAGUGCCUACUUUUGAUGUUGCCUACACUUGCAUAGUGGUAUCUCAUUCUGGCCGCAUGGUGUUCACUGGAACCUCCUCAGGGGCCAUCCGGUCUAUGAAACACCCGCUUCCUCUGCAAAGGGAAUUCAAUGAGUAUCCAGCUCAUCAUGGUCCAGUCACAAAGAUGUCUGUUACUUUUGAUGACCAGUUCCUUCUAACAUCUGCAGAGGAUGGCUGUCUGGUUAUCUGGAAAAUAUAUGAUAAAGAAGGCAGGGGGCUGAAAAGGGAGAGAGAUGUGCCAUACUCUGAUGAGGUGCUGAUCACUAGAACAGACAUGGAAGAGAAGACUCAGAUCAUGUUAGAACUGAAAACUCGGGUAGAGGAGCUGAAGAUGGAAAAUGAGUACCAGCUACGCCUCAAGGACAUGAAUUAUAAUGAAAAGAUUAAGGAAUUAACUGAUAAAUUCAUCCAGGAAAUGGAAUCACUGAAAACCAAAAACCAGGUUUUCAAAACAGAGAAAGAAAAGCAGGAAAUACAGCACCAGGAACAGCUUGCAGAUCUAAUAGAGAAGCAGUCAAGGGAGGUGCAAGACUUAGAAUCUGGCAACAACCAGAAACUGCUGCUAGAAUAUGAAAAGUACCAAGAGCUGCAAAUGAAAUCCCAGCGAAUGCAGGAAGAGUAUGAGAAGCAGCUGCAUGAAAUGGAAGAGAACAAGAGCCAGGCACUGGAAGAGCUGACAGAAUAUUAUGAAGCGAAGCUGCUUGAGAGAACAACCUUGUUGGAGGAGGCUCAGGAUGAUGCAAGACAGCAACUUCGGGAAUUUGAGGAAACUAAAAAACAGAUUGAAGAAGACGAAGAUCGAGAAAUUCAAGACAUUAAAAUUAAAUAUGAGAGGCGGCUUCGGGAGGAAAGAGAAUCCAACCUACGGCUAAAGGGGGAGACAGGAAUAAUGAGGAAGAAGUUCAACAGUCUCCAGAAAGAGAUUGAAGAGCGCAGCAAUGACAUUGAGGCCUUGAAAGCAGAGCAGCAAAAGCUGCAAGGAGUCAUUAAAGCCUUAGAAAAGGAUAUCCUGGGACUGAAGAGGGAGAUUCAAGAAAGAGAUGAGACAAUUCAAGACAAGGAAAAGCGAAUUUAUGAUCUGAAGAAGAAAAACCAGGAGCUAGAAAAAUUCAAAUUUGUACUAGAUUACAAAAUAAAGGAGUUGAAGAAGCAAAUAGAGCCACGAGAGAAUGAUAUCAAAGCCAUGAAGGAGCAGAUUCAGGAGAUGGAGGGAGAACUGGAGUGUUUCCACAAGCAGAACACACAGCUAGAGCUUAACAUAGCAGAGCUGCGACUGAAGUUGAAAGCCACAGACCGGGAGAUGCACAAAGAGAUGCAGAAGGAGCGUGACAUGGAAGCCCUUAUCAGGCGAUUUAAAACGGAUCUUCACAACUGUGUGGGCCUCAUCCAGGAGCCUAAGAAACUAAAGGAGAGCAUCAGGGAUAUUUAUGAGAAGUAUGUUCAGAAGGCAGAUAUGGUGGAAAUUGUAGGUGUUAACACAGACCUGCAUCAGGAAUACACAAGGCAACGAGAACAUCUCGAGCACAACCUGGCAACGCUGAAGAAGAAGGUGAUAAAAGAAAGUGAGCUCCAUCGUGGGGACUAUGUGCGCAUCAUGCAGGAAAAUGUGGGCCUCAUUAAGGAAAUCAAUGAAUUGCGGAGAGAGCUGAAGGUCACUCGCACUCAAGUCCAUGAUCUUCAGUCAACACUAGGACUUCUUAAUAAACGGAAGAAGUUACCUGCACAAUCCACAGCUCCCUCUCCUGAUAAGCAUCAGACCACUGGUAUCCUCCGGCUGAAUCCAGAGGAGGAAAUGGAAAGGAUCAUUGAAAUGCAACGGAUAGAAAUCAAGUUCCUCCGAGAUCAAAUACAAGGGCAGGAAAGCUCCCUUGCACUCAGAGCUAUCUCAGAUGGGAAGCUUCCCAUGUUGGAAAUUGAAAGACGUAGUGGUAUACAGUCACAGUGA